AUGCUUCUCCACGCGAUUCGCCUUGAGCUAGCUGACACAUCAAUAUACGAAACGAGGGUUAGUGCCGAUACUUAUUUCAACCGUGCGACGCCUGCCCGUUUAGAACACCCAAGCCGCAGGCCAUCAGUUGAGUCUCUCGAUCCAGCUGGAAACUCGCCACUGACGUGGCCCGCCAGUCCCGGACCACUGCAAAACACUGAUCAGACUCAAGAUAAAGAGUACACGGGCAAGAAAGUUUUGGGAAAUGACUCUUUAGCUUCAAGCUUUGAUGAUGAGAGUGUAGGUUCAGACCAAAUUACCCGUGAAGAGACUUGUGCUCUAAAAGCAGUUGAUAAAAACUUGAUCAGUGGUACUGUCCGCGAUGAUUCUUUACCAAAGGCCCAAAGCAUAAAGCCAGCUGCACAAGGUGUACAUUCUACCGCAUUCUCCACCGAUUCCAGUGUAGAUACAAGUCUUCUUGUCCCGGAAGAUGCUUUCAAAAGAGACAAUUCGGGCCUAGCAUCUGAUUCUUUAGAAUCUAGAAUUUCCCGCACAAAGAGCUUUUCAUUCAAGAACACCGUGCCCUCGGAUAGAGAAAUGGAUGCUUUUGGUUUCCAGAGCCAGCUAGACUCUGACGAUUACUUCUCAUCUGAUUCGGAAUUGUCCAGAUCGAGUGACGACCUAUUGAGCUCCAAAACGCAGCAGAGUCUAACAUUGUAUGCUAAAAAUUCUUUGUAUCAAACAACGACCAGCGGCUCCAGUCCCUCAAGGUAUUUCAAAUCUAGGGUGGCCGAAUCAGGGUCGACAUCGGAAUUAAGAAGAGGUGGGGAACUACAUUUUACUAAGGAUAAACCUGGUCCUUCUUUUAUGCAAAACCAUUCCACUCUGACCGAUUUAUUGAAGGAAAAUGUUGGACUCGAAAACAAUCUGUCCAAUGUUACUCACAAUGAUAAAGCACUUCGAUGUUUGAUCUCGGUUCCCCGAUUAUCUAUUGGUUUUGAAAAUCCGAUUCCAAUAAAGAUAGACGAGUCUUUUUCUGUGGAGGAUGUUAUUCAAAGCUCGCUAUCACAAAUCCGGAGACUAAGUCGUGAUAAAGGUCGCAUUUUUUCUGUCGAUUUGAAUCCAAAGCUAUGGAAUCUAUAUUUAGCUGACGACGAUGGACAGGUUGACGACGAUAUGGGGCCCCUGGAGAGAAAUAGGUUGCUCAUUUCUUAUUGUGCCGACGAAUUCGUUCUAGAUUUCAAAUCCAAGGAUGACUAUUCCCAAAAUGAUAUGAAACGGGGUCUUGACAGCUCAAGCGUUUUGGAAGACACUACAAGAACUGGACCUGGAUCCAUAGAAACUCUCGGUUUUGAGAGAAUUGCUCCUUUAAACCAUCUUUUGCAUGCAACUUCCAUUGGGUCAGAAAUCACCUUCGAUGACAAAAAGAAUGAAAAGAAUUCUUUUUUUGGCUUGAAUUCAAAAAGGCUUACCCCUGGGCAGCAUAGCCAACAGGGACGAGACGUUGAGCCACCGAUAACAAAACCUUCAGACAAUGGCUGUAUGUGCAAUGACACGGAAUCAAAUUUUGAGACUAUGCAAACGAGUUCGUCCCAUCAUGUCUCUAGAAGGAAAAGAAAAUUUCAAACUUUGCUUCAAUUGACAGGUCUUAACGGCAAUGAUCUCCAUAAUUCCAAAACAAACCAAGGUGAACCUCAAACUAUAAAUGAUCGCUACCUGGGUUCAGGUACCUAUUAUCGAUGGACUAUUUGGCGGCGCCAACAAAUGUCUUUCAAAGGCAGAUAUCCCAAAUCUCUUGUAAUAGACGGGCGUCAAAUAUACAUUCUUCCAUUCAAUGAAUCGAAAGGAUCUUGGUAUGAGUCAAAAACAACUAGUUUCAAUUUCAAUCAAAUCAUCAAGGUGAAACAAAAUCCUCGCAUCCCUCACUAUUUCAAAAUAGUUGUGGUGAAGCAAAAUCAUGAAGCUCCCAAGACAUACCAUUUGGAAGCGGCUAAUGCGGCGGAGUCCAGAGCAAUCGUCAAAACUUUCAAUUUGUUAAUGGAAAGAUUUGGACCUACAUAUGAAAAAUAUAGGCAAUCAUAA